UUGAAAUUGUUAAUCAAGUCUUCAUUUUGAACAAAUAAGAUAUUGUUUUGACUUGUUGCUUUUAUUUUUAAAGCAACUCUUGAUGGGGUAAAAAAGAAAAUAGCAAAAAUCAAUGAGGAACUUUAAUAGAAAGAAGCUCAAGUUUAUGUUAUAAUCUAUUGUAAGUUGUGUUGGAUCAUGAAUGAUGAUGCAUUAGAGUUGCUUUUUUAUUUGCAGAGUAACUGAGAUUUUUUUGAUGGGAACAUCAUCUGGGUCUAAUAUUAACCACCAGCAUAUGUCGAAGAUGCUGCCCCCACGUCAAGAACAACAACCAGGGAGCUUACAGACUUCAUUGUCCUUCGUCUCCUCGGACCCUCAACUGUUGCCUAAUGCCCAAGAGCCCAGAUUUAACUCGGAUAACAUUCACGAGUCUCCUACUGAGAGUGCUACCUCUCGAGAGACUCUUACUACUGAUGCUGUCACAGAAAAGAAGAUGGUAAAUGUGAAAACUGAAAAUGAUGGCACCAAGCAGUCUGUUAUUCUCCGUGUUUCUAGUGCCGAUAAGAUAACCCUUCGAGACAUUGCAAGAGAAAGAGUUGAUGUUAUCUCUGAAAUGAUGCAUCACCUACCUGAUGAGUUUCUAGAUGAGCUAAAGAAUCAACUCAAGAGUAUUCUGGAAGGCAAUGGUGGUUCACAAAGCCGGGAGGAGUUUUUGAUUCUUCAGAAGUUUGUUCAAAGCAGAUCUGAUUUAACAGCAAAGACAUUGAUUAGAGCACACCGGGCACAACUUGAGACCCUUGUUGCAAUAAAUAUGGGAAUUCAGGCAUUCUUGCAUCCAAACAUCAGUCUAUCCCAAGCCUCUCUCAUUGAGGUUUUUGUGUACAAAAGAUGCAGAAAUAUUGCAUGCCAAAACCAGCUACCUGCAGAUGAUUGCGCCUGUGAAAUAUGUGCCAAUAGGAAUGGAUUUUGCAAUCUUUGUAUGUGUGUUAUCUGCAACAAGUUCGAUUUUGAAGUAAAUACCUGCCACUGGAUUGGUUGCGAUUUCUGUUCCCAUUGGUCUCAUACAGAUUGCGCUAUUCGUGAUGGUCAAAUUUGUAUGGGUCCUUCUGCUAAGAGUGGAGCAGGUCCUACUGAAAUGGUUUUCCGCUGCCGAGCUUGCAAUGGAACAUCUGAGCUGUUGGGUUGGGUUAAAGAUGUCUUCCAACAUUGUGCUCCAGCCUGGGAUAGGGAGGCUCUCAUGAGAGAACUUGAUUUUGUUUGUAGGAUUUUUUGUGGAAGUGAUGACCCCAGAGGGAAGAAACUCUUUUCAAAGUGUGAGGAUCUUAUAGAAAAAAUGAGGGGUGGACUGGCAGGGUUGACAGCUUGCAGAUCAAUAUUAAUAUUUUUCCAAGAGCUUGAUAUGGAAUCUUCAACAAGCCUGGAAAUUGGGGAAGGUGGUGGGUUGGUAGCACCCCAAGAGGCAUGCAAUCGAAUUGCAGAUCUAGUGCAAGAGGCCAUAAGGAAGAUGGAAAUGGUGGCUGAUGAGAAGUUGAGGAUGUUCAAGAAAGCUCGCGUGGCUCUUGAUGCUUGUGAGCGGGAGCUCGAGGACAAAGCCAAAGAAGUGGCAGAACUGAAGCUGGAGAGGGAGAAAAAGAAGGUGCAGAUAGAAGAGCUGGAGAAAAUUGUUAGGCUUAAACACGCAGAGGCCGAUAUGUUCCAGCUCAAGGCCAAUGAGGCAAAACAAGAGGCUGAGAGGCUUCAGAGUAUUGCACUUGCCAAGUCUGAUAAAUCAGAGGAAGAGUAUACUAGCAGUUACCUCAAACUUCGCCUGAGCGAGGCAGAGGCUGAGAAGAAGUAUUUGUUUGAAAAGAUAAAGCUGCAGGAGAGCUCACGUGCAUCACAGAGCAGUAUUGGAGGCGAUCCUUCACAGUUGUUGGCGUAUUCCAAGAUCCGUGAUCUUCUCCAUGGAUUCAAUAUCCUCUCUGAGGCAGACUCACUGCCAAACGAGGGCCACAGUUUCAGAACAAAUCCCUAAGGAGUUCUAGAUAGCAUGUUAUUUAUUGAAGCAAGUUGCUUUGUCAGUAAAUUUGUGAGAGUUGCUACUUCAUAUUAGGCAUGCCCUUGAACCUUGAAUCAAGGUCAGUUAACUUAUUAUCCUGUAAAAGUAAUUAGUAGUUGUGAAUCCUUAUUUUUAGCUUUUUGUAACUAUGCUAUCAUUCUUUCCUUAUGGACGAACUUCAUGUAUCAUGUUAAUUUUGUGUAUACAAUGCCGAAACUAAAUACAAUGUAGAUUUUGGACGAA